AUGGGUCACUAAAUGACACACUUAAAAAAAAGCACUUAACUUAUGGUCUUUUCGGCUUUUGCUGCAAGGAUUUGACGCGCCGAUUCAGGCUCGCGCGCACGGACCCUUUCUCCCCCGUGGAUGCUAUAGCUAGUGGCUAUAACUUUACAUCAGUCCAACCCCCCUUUUCAAGAAACAUUAUUUUGCAUAACCGAAUAUGUGAAAUCUAAUCAGGCUUGAUACAAAAAAAAAUAUAGCUGUGCUUCCCACACACGCGGGCUCACGGGCGGUACUCGCAACGCACGUCCCUUUUUGGGCCUUCACUGCGUUGUCGAUGUUUCCUUACCAGCUUCUGUGGCUGCGUUCACCACCUGUAGGGACAGGUGCGUUCCUCACUCCCAAGACUACCUCCCAGCUGACGAGGUCGCUGAUCGAGAGUUCCAUCUUGCCGGACGUUCACAGCUGCUAGCACCUCGUUAUGAAACCCUCGACGUGGCUCGCUUAGAGUAG